CGAGAAGCCGCUGCUGCGAGUCGCGAGUGUGUUGGUCCGCGUGGCGACCCGGAGAGUGGCUCUCUCAACAAAUUGUGAGGGCAGCUGCCCUGAACGUUUUCUUCAGGUCUCGGACUAGAUGUGAGAUCAACUAUAAGGUCCACAGAGCUUGCCGAAUGCUGACUGCUGCGAUAAGAUUAACCGAGUGGCCUCGAAAGCGGAUUUUGGACUUUUCCUCAUACGCCGCCUGUAGCCGCGCAGCAGAGAGGCAGACAUAGGCUUAAUCGUGACCUUGAUCGGAUCACCUAAAUUAUAAUCUGAGGCAGCCGCGCCGAGCCAGAUUCUCUUUUUUCAAUUCACGUGUAUUAUGUUAUGUUAAAAAUAUUCGCCCCGUUAUCUGUUUUGUGAGUUUUUAGUGCAGCAGUCAUGAUAUACAAUAAAUCUCCCUUUACCUUCAUACAUCCUUGACGAGUGGUUAAUUUUCGCAGCAGAUAUUUUUCAUCAGAUCAGUCGCUGCUUGAGGAAAGUGAAGCAAAUAAUAAUUCAAAUUCAAUAAAAUUUAGUGGUAUAUAUACUUACGAAUUUUUAGCUUGCAUCCUCCCUCCGAAAUAAGCUGGAUAAUUUUAAGUGCAGCCAGAUCCACAAGUUUUUCUAAAGAGAACAGCCUUCUCUUCGACAGAGCCAAUAAAUUUGCUUUUGCUGCGUCAUCGGCCAUGAUUAAACAGACUCUUCUGGUGGCAAGGAACGGAGUUGUGGUGGCUGGAUGGGCUAUUCUCAGCCAAUGAUCACGUUUAAACGGUUGUUGGCUCUUUUAAAAAUAUAUUACAAUGAACACCCAAGUAGAAUAAAUACUCAAUUAUAGACUCUGAUACUUACAGGACAAAAUUUGACGAAACUAUCGACCGCGCGCGAUUUGAUGGUUGUUCGACUCAUCUCUGAUCGUGUUUUGUGUUACGCUCAUUAGAUCAAGUUUAAGUUUUGGAAGUUUUGUCAGCUCGCCUCUGAAGGAGGCAGCAUCGUGCAGUCAACUGUUGCUUUUUAGCGGCAAUUUGUGCGUGGGUGUGAAGAAAAAAGUUAGAUAUAUUUAACGCGAAAACCUCAGAUUUGUGAACUUUAUCCUAAAUAAUUAUGAUUUUUCUUUAUUUUAAUGAUUCAAAAAUAGCUAGAAUAAUUAAAAUAGAAACACAUUAAUUCGAUCAUGUUGCGUAAAUUAAUAAUAUAUCAUGUGCCUGAACUUCUUUUCUCACACUUCUUAUCCUGUCAGCUGGUAGAUGGUAGACGUAGAGAGGGGAACAAGGACAAUUUUAUGAAUUUUAUUGACGUUCGCCACCGUGUCAUCCUCCCGAUUUUCGACCACUUUUGUUUUAGGCUGUCGACUGUGAGUGAAUCGAGAAGAGGUUUCGCCGAAUUUGCAUAGCUGUACUCAUCCGCGCAACACAAACUCGACCGGAAAUGGGCAUGGGUGGCAGAAGAAGAGGAAGAAAUUACGGAUGGGGGCUUGCUGGAUUCGUAGAUGGGGUCGUUGGUGCCAUGUGGGUAUCCAGGAGAGUUAUCUGGCUCAGCGCUUCUGACCUGUUUGAUUCCGCGGCUGCGGGCCUCAGGGACAGCAACGGCGCCUGGAUGCUAAAUUUUAGCCUGCCACGCCCUGGCAUCGACUCCUGCCACCUGACAAUGCGCUUCAGCGGCGGUCUUGCUGGUUCGCCUGAACUACUGCUUUACCGCGUGCCACCUGCCCUGGUCGGAGGGGCCGGCGCCGCAACCCUUUUGAAGGACUGCAUUCUUCGGCCUGCUCCCUACAUUUGGUGCAUUUGUCGAAUUGGGACUGCUGUUGUCCAAUAUGGACAUUUUGAGGAAAUAUUUGUGGGCGCUGCUUCCAUGUUUGCUGGCUUUAUGUGUGGCAAUUUUUUCGAAUGGAUUUUCGGUGGAAUUGGUGACUGCAUGUUUUCGCCCCCAUGCACCAAAUCCAGCAUUCUUCUCGGAACGGUGUUCAUCGUCAGCACCAAUCUGGCCUCUUUCUAUGCUGCAGGAAAAGCAGGGAGGAUGAUCAGGGAAAUUCUCGAAUAAGUGUCAGUUUAAUCCAGAAAGAAUAUAUUAAAAAAAUAAAAUUACAAUAGUAUCCAUAUAAUAUUGAUAUUUUCUGUCAAACAAAAAUAAAAUUAUUGUAAUUCAUGCCAACAGGCCGA